AUGAUGAGUUACCAUGGCCAACAGAAGUACCGGUGUAUCAAUGUUCUGAGUUACCAGGGUCAACAGAAGUACCAGUGUAUCAAUGUGCCAAGUUACCAUGGCCAACAGAAGUACCAGUGUAUGAAUGUGCCAAGUUACCAUGGCCAACAGAAGUACCAGUGUAUCAAUGUUCUGAGUUACCAGGGCCAACAGAAGUACCAGUGUAUCUGCGUGCUGAGUUACCAUGGCCAACAGAAGUACCAGUGUAUCAAUGUUCUGAGUUCCCAUGGCCAACAGGAGUACCAGUGUAUCAACAUGCUGAGUUACCAGGGCCAAUCGAAGUACCAGUGUAUCAAUAAGUACCACUGUAUCAAUGUGCCAAGUUACCAUGGCCAACAGGAGUGCCAGUGUAUCAAUGUGCUGAGUUACCAUGGCCAACAGAAGUACCGGUGUAUCAAUGUUCUGAGUUACCAGGGACAACAGAAGUACCAGUGUAUCAAUGUUCUGAGUUACCAUGGUCAACAGAAGUACCAGUGUAUCAAUGUUCUGAGUUACCAUGGCCAACAGAAGUACCACUGUAUCAAUGUGCCAAGUUACCAUGGCCAACAGAAGUGCCAGUGUAUCAAUGUUCUGAGUUACCAUGGCCAACAGAAGUACCACUGUAUCAAUGUGCCAAGUUACCAUGGCCAACAGAAGUGCCAGUGUAUCAAUGUUCUGAGUUACCAUGGCCAACAGGAGUACCAGUGUAUCAAUGUGCUGAGUUACCAUGGCCAACAGAAGUACCGGUGUAUCAAUGUUCUGAGUUACCAGGGUCAACAGAAGUCCCAGUGUAUCAAUGUUCUGAGUUACCAUGGCCAACAGAAGUACCACUGUAUCAAUGUGCCAAGUUACCAUGGCCAACAGAAGUACCAGUGA